UUUUAUUCUGAAAGGCUCAACCGGAGGUGUCCAUCGCGCGGUGUGACUUGACUUCGCAGAGCGCUGAAGAACUUGGAUCAAGAGCCACAAGUGGAGCCGCGAAAGUCCCUCGUUCUUUUCGGGCGGAUUCUGAGAAGCAAUCAGAUCGAUCACUGGGAGACAAUUUUUUUUUCAUUCGUUCGUCCCGGUGCCGUGCGCUCGGCAUGCUACGCUUGUGCCCGUCGGCGAUGCUUCGCUCUGCUGCAGCGGCGGUUCGGUCGCGGAGGUUCCCGGGCGGAGCCGCGAGCCAGUGGUCAGGACGCCUGCUCGGAACUCACAGCCGCAUCGAGCCCAGGGAGCCGCUCAACUCGCCCAAGCGGGCCAAAGAGUUCAUCUACCGGCUGCAGGCCCGCGAGAGGGCCUGUUUACUCAAGGAGCUCCAGAACUUCGAAUCCAUCGCUAUCGCUCAAGAAACGUUGGAAUCUUCACCACCCACCGCGGCUCAGAUCAGAUACGUUUUAUUCCACAACACUCUUCCCUUCAUCGGCUUUGGUUUCCUGGACAAUGCCAUCAUGAUCUCAGCUGGGACGCAGAUUGAGCUUUCCAUCGGAGUCACGCUGGGAAUCUCCACCAUGGCUGCCGCCGCCUGGGGGAACAUGGUUUCCGACCUGGCGGGUCUCGGCUUGGCGGGUUACGUGGAGGCGCUGGCAUCCAGGCUGGGCAUGCAGGUGCCGGAUCUGACGCCCAAGCAGGCCGACAUGUGGCAGACCAGGCUGAGCUCGCACAUGGGCAAAGCCAUCGGCGUCAUCAUCGGCUGUCUCUUGGGAAUGUUCCCGCUUUGGUUCACCAGUGACGACGACGGCAAGAAGGCCAAAGCGGACAAGGCGGCGGAAGAGGCGGCGGCUAAAGCGGCGGCGUCCUAACACAAAAAGCGGCCGGUCCCCAUUCGCUGGUGCUGCCUUGCAAAGACCUGGAGAGUUUCCAGGAAAAAAAUCUGGGUUUCAAUGGGAAUUCUAGAAAUUUUCCAAAGUGGAAACCUUCAAUGGGAAUUUAGGGUAAUUGAAAGUCAUUUUAGGGAACGGUGUCAUAUUCAAGCACAAAUGUAAAAGAAUUGAGUGUGUGUGACAGAAGAGGACAUCCAUGCAAAGUAGAUAUGAACUCACCUUGCAGAAUUGAAAAAAAAAAAAAAUUCUCUCCGGGGAGGGGGGGAAUCGCAACUCAGCCAUUUAAUUUUUUUCCCGCCCAUGUUAGAAAAAAAAGGAAAGAAAAAAAACGCUAAAAGUGGGGGAUUCAGGUCCAAACCCCGCAAAUGAGAUGUGGUGUAUGACUGAAGCUUCGCUCCAACCCCCCACCCCCGCCCCCCCUUCCCAAAACAUGUUAGCAACAUUGUAAAUCCUCAUUUAUUCGCUCAGAAAGUUUGCAACUUGGAAAAACACUGGGAAUUUUUGCAACCCUACCAGGGGUGAGGGCGGCAUUGCUGCAGCACAAUCAAACAGGAAGUGGCAUUCGCGCUCCUCACUUCCUGUCCGACACUAGCAGCCGACUGGUUGCCAUCUGUCAAGUAGAACCGCUACCUCCAGUUUCUUUUUAAACUAGCAAAUUUGGAGGGGGUUGUUGUCUUUCAACGUCUUGACCUAAAAAAAAA